AAAAUGGCUCUGAAGUUUGUGACAAAGAGCAAGACGAAGCUGAAGAGCUUCCUGAGGGAGUACAGCCUGACAGGCACACUGAGCUGCAGCCCCUUCAUCAUCAAAGUCCUGGAUGUACUCUUCGAGACCGAGGAUAGCUACGUCUUCGGACAGGAGUACGCCCCCGCGGGAGACCUGUUCGACAUCAUUCCUCCCCAGGUUGGUCUUCCAGAGGAGAUGGUGAAGCGCUGUAUGCAGCAGCUGGGUCUGGCUCUGGACUUCAUGCACAGCAAGAAUCUGGUGCACCGUGACGUCAAGCCCGAGAACGUGCUCCUCUUCGACCGCGAGUGCAGACGCAUCAAGCUGGCUGACUUCGGCAUGACACGGCGCGUGGGCUGUCGCGUGAAGCGUGUGAGCGGCACCAUCCCGUACACGGCGCCAGAGGUGUGCCGUGCCAGUCGUGCCGAAGGCUUCCUGGUGACCACCAGUCUAGACGUGUGGGCCUUCGGUGUGCUCGUCUUCUGCAUGCUGACGGGUAACUUCCCUUGGGAGGCAGCGCUGCCCGCCGAUGCCUUCUACGAGGAAUUCCGCCGCUGGCAGCGAGCAGGGUGCCCCACGGCGGCCUACCCGUCCCAGUGGCGCCGCUUCACUGAUGACGCCCUACGCAUGUUCCAGCGGCUGCUCGCCGCCGAGCCAGAGAAGCGCUGCGGCGUGAAGGACGUCUUCUGCUUUGUCAAGUACGAACUGGUCAGCGAGCUCCGACGGCGCGCCUCCUGCCGGGCCAAGAGAGGCGAGAGGUCCAGUUCGUCUGGCGUAUGCUCCGCAAGCUGUACCUCCAACUCCUCUUCGUCUUCCUCCUCAUCACGCUCCCACAGACACCCAGAGCCCUCCACCCCCCCUGGGACGACCUCACUCCUGCGCCCAGCGCCCCUGAAGAGGAGUGUCCUCUCUGACACCCAUUCCCCUCAGGAGGAGUCUCCUGGCCAGCACCACUCUUCUCCGGGCCGGGAGAAGACCAAGAGCCAGAUGGUGAUGGCUACUGCCAUAGAGAUCUGUGUCUGAGAAUGAGGGGAUGAGCAGCAGUGUUUGUGGCUGUAGCCACAGCGAUCGGAAGCUGUGCAAAGUAAUAGCGACUGCCAUUGAGACUGGAGGGAAAGGAUGACGCAUUACAACGCUGCCGAGAAGAACCCCAAUGUCAAAAUCCUGACUGUGCCACAGAAAUUGGUGUCAUCACUCACAACAGCGUACUAUAGGACGAGUCAUCACUAGAGCAUGCGUUUAUCAUUUUGAUUUGUGACCUAAGAGUUGGAGAAGCAACAUUCAAGAGUCCACUGACAGACACCGUUUCUCACAGCAACUCGUUCUGCUGUUCAGCCAUUUUGCUUCUAAGCCCACACAGUAACACUGCUACUGAUGCUAACGAAAGAAACAACGCUAGCCAUUUCUAAACAAGGAGUUUGGUAAAAACACGCAAUGCUCCGAUGUCACAUCUAUUCUCUCCUUUCUCCCUCCUUUCUCAUUUUUUUUCUUUCUUCCUCCACCUCUCUCUCUCUCUAUGAAUACAUUUAACCUGGGGAGGCCGAAACGUUAGCUGGUCAGGUGACUUUCUUUAGAAAACUAGCUGAUCUGAAGGCCAGUAAUCCAAUAGGGAAAACUGAUCUUCUAGCUGACAUAUCGCUGAACCAAUGGGAUCUCACAGAUUUUCUGAACAUUUCUAAAGUGUGAAAAUGGCUAUGGACAAUAGGGGAGAAGGAUCGUUUUUUCAAAAGAAGAAAAUAUGUGAAAGUGACUCUCCAAUGGAGCAGUUAAUAUGACGACAGGACAUUGCUCAUCUAGACUGUCUGGACUGAGAUAGGACCUUGCUGUCAGACAUCGGGAGAUUCUAAUUUGGGUAAAAGUUUGUCCUCUCCUCGACUCCUCCGUCUUCUCUCCAUGAUCCGAAAACCGAUAAGUGUUCGAGUGGUGGAAGAGAGUGUCAAUUCGUUAGUAGGCGAACGAAGGAGCCUGCUCACCUCCUCGAUUACCUACUUCUGCAGAGGAAGCACAGGAGUAUCCUCAUGGUGGCAAGCGCCGAAGUAUUUUAAUACCUGCCCCUUUGAAUCAGCUGUUGUUUUCUUGAAGGUGAAAAGCAUGCAAACAUUUAAAAACGAUAUGCUACUUAUCCUUUUAUCUAUAAAAUGUCUUGCACAACUAUCUAAAUUAGUUUUUAAUCACUUCAAACAUUUAUUUUGGGGAUUCCACCCAUGGAUUUAUAACAUAUAUCUCUAUGAUUCCACCCGUGUAAACAUAAUUUGCCUAAUAUUGCGCGAGUGGAGAAAGAGUCUUGUUUCAUAUAUAGUAAGCGAGAGAGGGAGGAUGCAGGAGAGAGGACACAGGAGAUGAGCAAAUCCAAAUGAGAUUCCCCCAUUAUCUCAGGACAUCUUAGCGGGUCACCUCCUGUCUCACAAUGACUUCCUUAUUAGGGUUACAAGUGAUUUCCUCUGGUAGACAAACAGUUUAAAAGGACACAUUUCAUACAGUAACAGUGUGCUCAUUGGUUCAUACAGGCACAGGUAUCUUCAGGUGUGAAAAUAAAUGAUUUAUUAUAUUGACAUUCAAAUGCUUGGAAGCUGUUAUAGAAUAGAGUCCAGCGAUUGCUUAUUUAUACCCGCUAUUUGUGUGUGUGUGGGACUGUGGGUGUGUAUGUAUAUGGAUGCAUAUGUGUGUGUUUGAACAACUAAAUCACGCGCUCUUUGUAAUGGGGGAGAAAUGUUAAAAGGAAAAAUGGACUUUAUACUGUAAAUAUUUCAUACGUGAAGUGGUACACUGUAUCAUCGUCAGGUAGUUCAACCAUGUAGCUUUACUAAUUUAGUUUUACUACUGGGAGGGGAUACAGGAUUUUAUGUUCUUUUUAGAGCAAUGCACUGUAUGUAGCAAAGGAAUAUGGCAAAGUAUGUACAGUAUAGGAAAGCUAUAAAAAGAUAAUGCUCUGUAGUGGUGAUUCAUGGUGCAGAAACCCGGGACGAUAUUUGGUGGACAGUAGCAGCCUUUAGAGUGUGGGAGGGAUCGGACCAGGGCCCAUUGGAAUAGUACUGUUUAACAUUGGUAAUGUCUCUCCCCAAGCACAUUCUGAACACCGUGACCCCAUCAUGACCUGAGCACAUCUUGACCAUCAAUAGUCCCCUUCGCCUUACUCACAACUCAAUUCAAUCAAGUACUUUACUGAAUUACUGCUUUUCUGUAUUACUGCACACAUACAUAUUGCAUAACAUUACCAAAGCAAUUCCAACACAAGUGUUCAAAGAUCCCAUGUUCACUCCAGGCUCCUCAAACCCCCAGCCACCCAAUUUUUCCACUCUCUGUCCUUCACCUUUUUCUCCUUUCUCUCUCGCUUGCUCAUUCCUCCCUCUCAUCUGCUUGUCUUUCUCCUGUGAAUGAGUCUCUGAGCCAUGUUGUGUUGUCUGGUGGGAUGAUCUCUCUCUCCCCUUUGGCAUGCUGUGGGCUGAUGAUCA